CCCACAGUCCCAGGAGAAGGUCCCGGAUUCUGGCCCAGAUUCUCCGAUGUAAACCCUUGCGUUCCCUCCCCAGCAGGCAGGGGCUGUAACCGAGCCGUGCCCUCGUCGUCCGCCUCUCCCUCAUCACUUACUCAUCAUCCGCUCAUUCAAUCCGCUGCCUUCCCGUCUCUAUUAAGUGUCAAGUGUGUUCCGCGGCCCCCCCUCCCUCCUCCCGCCCCCAGGGGUACAAGGUGACACAAAAUCCACUUCCUGACGCCCGAGCUCAUAGUUUAUAAAAGGAAUGAAACCAGGCGGGCAACGAGCAUUUAUUAAGCACCUGCUGUGUGCCAGGAACCUUACCAGGGCCACAAAGAAGGAUCCCUUUCCCCUCCAUCACAUCAGGGUCAAAUAAGAGAUCCCUCCUCCCAGGUGUCUCCUCGUGUAUCUGGGAUAAACAAAGCUGGGGGGGGGGGGUCACCUGAGCUGGAGGGGCAGGAAGGUUUCCUGAGGGAGGGGGCACCUUCCCUCUCCGCCCCCCCCCCCAGGCCUGGGACGCUGCUUCUUCCUCCCCUCUGCAUCCUGGGACCCAGAGCCCGGAUCGGGCACCUCUGCCUCCCAUCCACCCCCGGGGAGCUGUCAGCCACAGCCCGGCCAUGUUCCGGCUCUGCUGCAGGGCCUCGGGCCAGUCUCUGCUCUCCGAGGGGACCCGGCUUCUUACCCCACAGGGAGGGGGUUAGAGGAAACGUCCCCGGUCCUGGAUCUGAGCUCUUGGGCUCCGACUACCUCCAGCUGCCCCUUCCCAGGGAGGGGCCGGAGCCCAGCCCCCUCCCCUCCCCUCCCCCCACACCCAGAGGAAGGGGGGAAGAUGAGGCCCUCUCCAGGUGAGAUCUGGGUUAGAAGGCCCGGGGAAGCCCCGGAAAGUUCCCCGUCACUCCAGUCAGCAGCAGCGCGGGGAACAGGUUGGUCUGGUCCCCGAGGCCGGGCCAGCCCAGAGGAGGGGAAGGCUCGGGCUCCCCGGCCCCUCCCUGCUUGUUCGUGGGGAGCGGCGGGAGCUGGGAGAGAGGGCCCCGACCCUGCCCCGUCUCAAUGCCUCCUCACCGUCCUGGCGCCGGCUGAGACUUCCCACACCGGGAGUAGCAGCCCCUCGGAGGGGCUCCAUGGCCUGGCUGAGCCCGGGAGGCUGCGUCUGGAAGGACUUUGUGUUCACAGCCUCCCUCCUGGCCUGGUGCGCUGCCCCUGGAUCCUGGGCUUAUCUCCUCGUCGAGAAGAUUCCCGAGGUGCCCCGGGAGGGCCAGGACGUGCUCCUGUCUGUCCACGGGGUCCCGGGGACCAUCCAGGAUUUCAACUGGUACCUGGGCGAGCAGACCGACGGCAGCACGCGGCUCUUCUCCUACAUCCCGGGCCUCCCCAGGCCGCAGAGGAACGGCAGCGCCAUGAGCGGGAGGAUCAUCUUCGGGUUCCCCAACGGCUCCCUCCUCCUCCGCCACGCUCGGCCCCGAGACAGCGGCACCUACCAAGUGGCCGUCACCCUCAAUCCCGACUGGACCGUAAAGGGCAGGACCGAGCUCCGGGUCGCGGAGAAAUCCGCGAACACCACGAAGUCCCAGCAGAGGGGGAAGGACGGCAAGAACUUGGGGCUCGCCCUCACCGUGGCCCUCAGCUGCCUGGGCCUGGGGGCCCUCCUUGUAGGCGGGGGCUUGGGCUACCUGCUGCUCACCUGCUGGAGGAGAAAAAGCCCGGGGCGCAAUAGAGCCAAACAGGACCUGGGAAGACACAUGUGCCACAAACGCGAGGCGGACGGCAACAACCAGUACGAGGUGAUCCUUUCUCCCGGCCCCCGCGCAGAGAGCAGCGGCCCCCAGCCGAGCCCCGCUGCGCCUCAGACCAGGAACCAGGAAGCCGAAGAGCACCAUUAUGAGGAGCUGCAGGACCCAGACCCCGCUCCCUACUGCCAACUCACGCCCACAGUCUGACCCGGAAACCCCCCCCUCCCCCCGGGGGGGGACUGAGCCCGGAGCCGCUGGGAAACAAAGCCUUUGCAGAAGAAGGUCUGGGCCCCGGGUCCGGCCUCUGGCGCUGCUGGGGAGGAUCGAGCUUGGCCCGAGUUCCCAGGAGGCCGCGGCCAAGUGCCGGCCCCGCCCCCCUGCUUGUGCCUCUGUCUCAUUAAACAAGACUCUCCCGGCCCCUCCCGGGGGGCGGGCGCCUCGGGGCUGAGCUCCUGGACCCCGAGAGGAGGAGACCCCUGCAGGGAAGCUGGGAGGGGAACCAACGUCCGGGCAAGCACUACCACGGGGCACCCACGCCCUGCACCACCCACCUGGGCACACAGGAGGGCGCUCUGUCUGGGAAGCUGGGAAAUCACCUGACCCUAGUUCCCCCUCUAGUAAACAGGGGGUGGGACUGGAUUGCAGGAGAGAAAGGAAUGUGCACUUAUUAAGUGCCUACUGUUUGCGGGCUGCUGUGGUAAGCAUAUCUCUAAAGAUCUUCUUUGAUACACCCCUGAGAGGUAGGGGCUAUUAUGAUGCCCAUUUUACAGCUGAGGAGUGAUUUGUCUGCCUCUGAUUCUUACUUCUGCCAUGGCUCUGGGCAGUUAGCCUCCCCAGGCCUCAGUUUUCACAUCUGUAAAAUGAGUCCCCUCUGACGUCAGAAAUGUAGGACCCAGUGAGACCUCGAUGUCUGCAGGAGAGGGCAGGAUCCUCCCCCAAGAUCUGCCUCCAGCUCCAGGACCGCUGUAACAGCCCCGCCCCUCCAUGGGGGGUCAUGAUAUCCAGCCCCCUGCCUCCGCCUCCCGGGUCACCAGAUCUUGGGCGUCCCAGGGAGGCGCGGUUCCCGUCACCAUGUUUGAUUGCUCUUCUCUCGGCACUGAAAGGACAAGGCUCCGCGGGGCUUCUUGGGCACCGGGAGGCGGGGAGAAGCCUCCGGGCACCUGAGGUCUCUUUUGGUUCGGACAAUAGGGCAUUGUGGGCAUUAAGUUUGGCCGGGGACGAGAGCGCCCGCCAGGGGGCAGCACAGCCACACACACGGAUGGCUUCGAACCGCGGGACUUUGUUCCUCUGUUUCCAAUUAAAAUUCCACCUUCGGAGGGUC